UUGUCGAUGAGCUCGAAGCGCAAAUGGAAACCGAAACUGCACCCGAUAACACCGAACCCGUCAAAGGGGGAGACUAUGUUCUAGAAUCGAAGCUGGGAGAGGGUUCGUUCUCCACAGUGUGGAAGGCCGAGCACAGGUUGAGCGGCCAAGUGGUGGCGUUGAAGCAGGUCUACCUGUCCAGGCUGAACCGCCACCUCAGGAGCUGCUUGGACUGUGAGCUCAACUUCUUGUCCUCUGUAAACCACCCCAACAUCGUCCGCCUUUUCGAAUUUUUCCAGGCUGAAGGUAGUAUUUUCCUUGUCCUGGAAUUUUGUGCUGGUGGAAAUCUUGCUUCAUUUAUUCGACUCCAUGGGAGAGUUCAAGAACAGAUAGCCAGAGGAUUUAUGCAGCAGCUCGGAGCUGCUCUGGAAGUACUGAAUUCUCACCACAUCAUUCACAGGGACUUGAAACCAGAGAAUAUUCUUCUCUCUGUCCCCAAGGAUGAUGCAGUCCUAAAGAUAUCUGAUUUUGGACUUUCAAGAUCUGUACAUCCAAGUGAUUAUGUUGAGACAGUUUGUGGAACCCCAUUAUACAUGGCUCCAGAAGUUCUUCAAUUCCAAAGAUAUGAUGAAAAAGUUGACAUGUGGAGUGUUGGUGCAAUUCUUUUUGAGCUUCUGAAUGGCUAUCCACCUUUUCGUGGUAGGACUAACGUUCAGUUUUGUUUCCCUCAGCUGCUACAGAACAUCAAGACAUGCAAAUGUCUUCCAUUUUCUCAGUUAUACCUUCCGAGUUUGCAUCCCGACUGUGUUGAUAUCUGUUCAAGGCUACUGUCUUUAAAUCCAGCGGACCGCCUGUCCUUCAAUGAAUUUUAUUGGCAUAUUUUUUUGAGAAGAAAAGGAGUGGCAACUUAAAUAUCAACUCUUUGGAAAUCCUAUGCGGGAUAUUCCUUGUGGGACACUCUCCUUGUAAGUAAAGCUGGACAUUGUGAAAAUUAUUCAAAUGAAGUGUCAAUUAUUUGCCCCUUCCAGUACCUCAGCUUUAAUGUCUCUCACCUCCUUUCCAUAGCUAACAGUGUAAACUGCAACCAAGAAUUAUCUCUGAUCAUUCCCUGCUGCUCUUGCCUGUAUUAUUGACCCCAAUCAGGCUGUGAGCCUAGUCUUUCUUCUUGGUUUUCUCUUGCAUAUGAGCAAGAAAUUUUGAAUUAGUGGAAAUCAAAAUAUAACCAAAGUGGCCUUGGCCAUUGUUUUAUCCGAUAUGAUGAUUCAUCUUUAUGUUUUCACCAUCUUCAAUCUGCCAUAUGAAAGAAAGAGUCUUAGCUACUGUUACCAGUUAGAGCAUUGUUUCAUUGCAAAGUACAGUGAUUUGCUUAUCUGAAUUUUCUGUCUGAUGAUAUACUUCUGUAGCAUGUUUUGUAUUAGCUGCACCUGUUACUAAUGCAUCUGUUUCACAUACCCGUGUGGAUCAUUUUCCUCUUAAAUGUCAAAACAAAUGAGGAUAUAAAGAAAGGAGAGUACCCCAUAUGCAAAGCCCCCUUUUUUGUUUUUUGAGGGGAGGGGGUGGGGUUUGAUAAUCCAUUUGAGAAGCCAAACAAACAUAUAUAAUUGAUCGUAAAAGAUCUUCCUCACUCCAUCUAGAAAGAAGAAAAAUAACUGUUUGAAAAAAAUUGGACCAGCAGAUCAUCAAAAAUCAAUUCACUACAAAAGAAAGCAUCCUCAAUUUCCCUGCUUUUUCUCUUGAUAUAUACUUCCGAUCACAUUGUCACAUUGUCUAUAGACUAUAUCGAUACAUGAAGAUGUCUUGAUAGACAUUUUCUUCUAGGUGGUUGACAUGGAGUAUCAAAUUGUGUAGAUUCUAUUCUCCUUGUGACAUUUGAUAACUAUGUUUUAUGACAUAUAUGCUUGGAAUAAUAUAUUAGGCUUACAGUUUUGCCUAGGUGGCUACUUCAAUGACUUGACGCCGGACAGGCGUAGUAUUCACUUGUUAGCCUGUUGGUGGUGAUGUGGAUAAGCUAGUGGACGAGACAGAAAUAUAAUCGUCAAGAGACUUUGGAUGAAGAUGGUAUCGCCUUCUUCUUGUCCUGGAUCGAUCAUCUCCAUUUGGAGAAAAAUCAUUGUCUUGUAUCAAAAUAUAAACCAGUCAGUUUUCGUUGGAUAGAGUUUUCUUUGAAGCUUUGUUGAAAGAAUUUCCUUCAACCCAAUGUAUUAGACUGAUAUCUAUUCAAAAUACAUACAAUUCUCACAUAAAUUUUUAAUGAAGUAUGUAAUUCUC